AUUCGACCGUUAAUUCCCAAAUCAAAAAUUCGACCGUUUCUUAUACUCUCCCGCUGCCAGCAAGCACCACAACAUACAUUUUUUUUUUUUUCUUUUUCCAUUCUUUGAUAGGCACAGAAGAAGAAAUGGCGGACGGAAAAGAUGAUACGAAUGUAUUUGUAAUCGAUGAAAUUUACGAGUUUUCAGCGCCGCGAUUUUACGAUUUCAUGAUUGGAGAGACGGAGGAGGAUAUGCGCAAGGCUGAGCUUUGGUUUGAAAUUAACAGUAGCUAUGCCCCUUCUCCUUGUAUGCCAAGAAUCAAGACCAGUAGAUCAGUACAAGUUGAGAUCCCAUGUGAUUUAACUGAAGGCGAGAAUUUGCAGAGUACUACAAGGCCUGCAGCUGAAGUUGUGGAAGAUGUGACACCAGAUGAGAACAGACGUGCAGCUAAGGUUUUGUCUACUGAGGUUAAGGAAGAUGUUACACCAAAUGAAGAAAAAUCUGCAGCUAAAAUUUUGUCUUCCGAUGUUAAGGACGAGGUGACACCAAAUGAGAACAAACCUACAGAUAAAGUUUUGUCUUCGGAGGUUAAGGAAGAGGUGACACCAAAUGAGAACAAACCUGCAGCUAAUGUUUUGUCUUCUGAGGUUAAGGAAGAGGUGACACCAAAUGAUGCUAUUAGAGGAGAACUUGAUAGCAGUCUUCCCAAUCCGGAAUCUGUUGAGAAACAGCCAACUAGUCAAGAAAUUUGCACCCCAAGACCACCACCACCACCAACGUCUAAGAAGAUAGACCCUAGGAAGACUGAUUCCAACAAUCAGAAGACAGCGAAGAAAAUUUCAAGCAUGCUUAGAAAUCCUUCAGCGUUGAAGUCAAAAACAUUGCAUGUUAAGAGUUCUAAUCCUGCCAGCGUGAGAAAGCAAGCAAUCAUGAGAAAUGCUGCUGGAACGCCCAAUUUUGGUCAAGAAAACCAAGCCAUAAAGAGACAAAAAUUAGAAAGUGGAAAAGCCAAGCAGAUUCUGGAUGUCAAACCACAAAAUUUGCCACACAAAACAAAACCUGGAGUUAAUGGCUCCACCUUCUCUUCGGUUGCCAAACCUCGUAAAGAGGACAGGAAGAUGUAUGUCCGAGAACCAGUUCCACAGUUUAUUUCAACAGCAGAAAUGAUGAAGAAGUUCCAAUCUAGCACAAGGGAGAUGUCUCUGUCUUGCAUGAGCACUUCACGUAGGAAGCCUAAUAAACUAACAUUAACUGCGCCUAAAGAACCUGAAUUUGAGACUGUACAACGUGUGCGUCCAACUACAGUGAAGAGUUCAGCUGAACUUGAGGAGGAAAUGAUGGCUAAAAUUCCUAGGUUUAAGGCUCGCCCAUUGAACAAAAAGAUCUUGGAAGCUCCAAAUCUACCAGCAUUACCUAAAAGUACACCACAACUUCCAGAAUUUAAGGAAUUUCAUUUAUCGACGAUGACCAGAGCCAAUCAGAAUGCAGAAACAUCUUCAGUCUUAUCAUCCAUAGAAUCUACUCAGAGUAAUCAAUGGAAGCCACAUCUUACAGCUCCUAAAUCACCUGUUCUGCAAACGUCACUUAGAGCACGACCUCCACAGAUUAAAAGCUCUGAAGAACUCGAAAAGGAAGAACUUGAGAAAGUUCCAAAGUUCAAGGCUAGGCCUCUCAAUAAGAAGAUCUUUGAAAGUAAAGGAGAUCUGGGAAUGUUCUGCAACACAAAGAAGCAGGUGACGGUGCCUGAAGAAUUUCAUUUUGCGACAGAUGAAAGGAUUCCACCUCCUGCUAACGUUACGGAUCUCUUUGACAAGCUUUCCCUGAUAUCUGAACCUAGAAAUGAAAAGACUAUACCGAAAAACACCAGACCAAAUCCUUUUCAGCUCUACACGGAGGAAAGAGGAGCGGAGAAAGAGAGGAAACUGUUCACUGAACUUCUACAGAAACAGAUUGAAGAAGAGAGGUCAAGAGUUCCCAAAGCAACUCCAUAUCCUUACACAACUGAUUACCCUGUGAUUCCACCAAAACCAGAACCAAAGCAUUGUACAAAACCCGAACCUUUCCAACUGGAGAGUCUGGUUAGGCAUGAAAGAGAGAUGCAGAAGGAACUGGAAGAACGGUUAAGAUUGGAGAAGGAAGAAGCAAUGAUGAGGACUUUUAAAGCGCAACCAGUCUUGAUCGAGGAUCCAAUUCCAGUUCCUGAGAAAGUACGUAAGCCCCUCACUCAAGUUCAGGAAUUUAAUCUAAAAGUAGAUCACCGGGCGACAGAUAGAGCUGAGUUUGAUAAGAAGAUGAAGGAGAAAGAAAUGAUGUAUCAAAGAUACAGGGAGGAGGCAGAGGCUGCAAGAAUGAUGGAGGAAGAGAUGGCCCUGAAACAACUGCGAAAAACUUUGGUGCCUCAUGCAAGACCUGUGCCUAAAUUUGAUCAUCCUUUCCAGCCACAAAAGUCUUCCAAAAAGGUGACAAAACCAAGAUCCCCCAAGCUGUUGAUUCUUAAAAGGCAAGAAAGGAGAAAAAUGGCGUGUCCCUAUGCUGCAGUUUCUAGUGCUGCCUCCCAGAUGAGGUGAUAUGAACAUAUCCAAAAAUCUGACAGGAAUGUGUUCAAGAAUCCUUGAAUCCAAGAUUAGGGACAAUGUAAUCAAAAUAGUUGGGAGUUAAUGUGUUUAUCCAUCAAAAUGUGCACUUUGUAUCCGUUAAAAAUUAUCUGUAAAAAAGUACAUUCUGUUACAACAAAGAAUUGAUAUGCGUUAAACAUUAUUCAAUUUGUUCA